AUAUUUCUAAUUUUUUGUUUUUAUAUCUGGGAUUUUGUUGCAGAGCUUCCUCUGUUGAUUGUAAUCAAAUAAUCCAUCUGAAAAACAAAUAUUCUCUGACGUUAGGAAGAAAGAAAAAAAAAUGGCGGAAGAGCAAAGGUGCGAAGCUUCAGAAGGACACCGUCUUUGCGCCAACAACUGCGGGUUCUUCGGGAGCCCCGCAACCCUAAAUCUAUGUUCCAAGUGCUACCGAGACCUCCGCCUCACGGAGGAACAGGCCUCAUCUGCCAAGUUUGCCGUUGAGAAAUCGCUCGCCGCCGCGGCCUCCUCCUCUUCUUCUUCGCCGCCGUUAUCUUCUGUCUCUGCCUCUGCGGCGACAGAAGCUCCUCUAUCCCCUCCCGCGUUGACUUUAGCUUCGUCGGAAACCACAAACGACCGAUGGGCUCCUCUGACCAUCUCCGCUUCCUCCGCCUCCGUUGCGACAACGCUCGAGCUGCCGGCGAAUCCACCGACGACUCUGUCGCAGCCGAAUCGGUGCUCAACUUGCCGAAAACGUGUGGGCCUGACCGGAUUCAAGUGCCGAUGUGGGACGACCUUCUGCGGGGUGCACCGGUACCCCGAGCAGCACGGUUGCACAUUUGACUUCAAGGCUCUGGGGAAGGAGGCAAUCGCCAAGGCCAACCCUGUCGUCAAGGCGGAGAAGCUCGAGAAGAUCUGAUUCUGUUUCUGACAUGAACACGAUGGAGUC